GUUUCUAUUCGAAUCUCUCUCUACAGUAACGGCAAGGGCGGCUAUCAAAACAACAGAGGAUGGAAGUCACGUAGACUUCCGCUUUUCAUCGAUCGCACUCGUUCUGUACUUCUCCAUUCUUCUCCCAGUUCAACAACCCUAAGUGGGCAUGCCCCCGCGAGGCGUUUUUCGUGUGUCGUCGGAACUCGGUGUCGCAUACCAUUUCACUGUUUUGUCCUUGUCUUUGGUGAAUCGGUCGCUCACUUCAGUCAGAAUGUACUUCUAUUCUCAGCAUCUUGAGUUGAUUUGCAUCUUCAAUCUGCUGAGGCCGUCAUCGUUCGUCUUUUCUUGUUCUUUUCUACGCAGAAAUCGAUAGAUUUUCCCGGUUCCCUGCGACUUUACCGAGUGGUAGCGUCACUGUCUCUCGUGGCCACGUUUUCUGUGCGUUGUGUGCUGCGGUAUAAUCCACAGAAGCAACAAUUGUAUCGACAUUUCUCAAGACUAGAUUGCGUGUCAUCCCAGGGGAGAUUUUGUUUCCUGGAUUCUGUUCGAAAGUGACUCUGUGCAACUUCCCUGUCCGGCGUGGUGUGCGGUAUCCAUUCCCGCUUGUCCCCAACCGGGGACAAAGCUGGAAGACUGUGAAGGAAGGUGCCCCACCAUUGUUUCUUUUGAGUGACAAAAGCCCAAAUAUCGGAGUCGUCGGUUUCAGGGUGGGGUCGGGUUAUCAGGCGGAGGGAAUACAAUUCCUCACGACGGUUUGCGUCAAUUGCAAGCUAAGUGAGAAUGUUUUUUUCUUCGCAUUUGGAGCACAUCUCCUCCGAUACGAAUCGAAUGCCGGCAAACUGAAGGGCCACAAUGUCUGGAAUAAGCUCUGCUCCCCUUCUGGUUUCGUCUGUGUCCUCAUCACAAGGUCGUCCUCAUGGCUUCGGUGGAAGCACACCAGAAGGAGCCGGAGGGGCGACCGGGCACGUGACAUCCAUCGAUGACCGACAACUGGGAAAUCAUACGUAUGCUCCUUCAUAUCACAUGCCGGUGUCGCAUGACGAUAGGAGAGCUGCAAGUCCCCAAAGACAUCCAGCGUACCACGAUAAAUGGCAGCUCCCUCAGAGAACAUCCAGUUCCUCUCGGGAUAUGGGAGGACGACUGCUGGCUUUUCCGAGGACUGUUUCCGAAAGGCUCAGAGGGGAGACUUCCGAUUCGUUGGGGAUGUCAAGUGGUGAACUGUAUGACGAUCUUGAAGAAGAAGGGUGCUGCUGCUUCCCGCCAUUAACCCUGACCGAACGUCUCCUCGGAUGGCUCACGUGCUUUGCAGGCGGUCUCGUUAUCUCGUCUCUUGCUCUAGGCUCCUUUCAAGAUUUAGUACGAGGCAAGAGCACCAAGUUUGCCGUCGCGUAUACAUUGGGGAAUUGUGUUGGUCUCUUAGGUACGGCCUUCCUGGUCGGUUUUAGGAGGCAGCUGGAAGGCAUGACUGAGAAAUCCCGGCUCUGGAGUUCCGGUGUCUUCGCUGGCAGCAUAGUCGGGACUCUGUUUUGCGCGAUAUUUUUUCCGGUUGCACCGCUUGUGAUUCUCUGUCUGAUAAUUCAGUGGCUUGCAUAUAUUUGGUACUCUCUUAGCUACAUACCUUAUGGGCGCGAGAGUGUCUUGUGGUGUUUCAGAUGGAUAAGUUCGAGGUUAUAAUUGAACUAAUCGAGUAAUAGACAGGCCUCGUGUCUGGCACUGCUUGUACCAUUUGUGUGCGCGAGGCGUGCAUUUUCAGCCUUAGCUCCUGUUACGCGUUUCUCCCCGG